AUGCCUUCCGCAGCGGCCCUCGAAAACCGCCUCAACACACUCUACUCCCAGUAUGAAUCCCUCCGUCCCGAGUCCUCAGAUGCAGACCUCGAGAAGUUCGCCUCUCUCUUUUCCGACAACUGCACCGUCUUCCUCAAGAGCAUGCGAGAAGCCAAAGACCCUGCCGUCAACCGCCAAGCCAUUGUUGCGGUACUCCGAGAAAUGAUGAAAGACCAGUACCUGGAGAAGCGAAAGGUUGUUUCCCAGCUCAUCAAUGAACAAGACUCGCGUGCCUUCGUCGAGAUGGAGAACCGGUAUAAUGUGCAUAGUAAAGUGCUGGAAGAUUUCCCUGAGACGCUCGUUGCCACGUUUGACGAUGAGGGACUAGUGAAUACAUUCAAGCUGUACAGCUGCAGAAGUCAUUUAGUCAUGAUGAUCCAGGCCGCAACGGGAGAGGGGCCCUACUCUGAGGAAAUCAUGAAGGGUACAGUCACAAUGAGCACAUCCAUAGUUGUAAUGAUAGUGAAUAUCUAUUAA